AUCUAAGUGAGCUCAACAUCUGUCUAAGAUUCGUGUCGUUAUUUUCCCGAUUAUGUCCCUUGUCCAGAAAAAUAAAGUGAAAGACUUAAAUUACGACUCCACCAGUGAAACGGCCCAACUCCGAUUACGAAGUUGUUGUUCAACCUCGAUGAUCUGCAACCAGUUCAGUCGUAAUUAAAGCUGUAGAGCUGAGCUUGUUGAAAAUGGACUGUAGACUUUAUUUCAGUGUUUUAUUUGGUGUUUUGUUGAUGGAAUUUGCCAAAUGUAAGUUCUUUUAAGACUUAAAGUCCUUUUUUUUUUAUUUGACAUAUUCAUUAAAAUCAUCUAAACAUUAUUUCUUGCUCCAAUUUUUUAAAAUAUAUAUUUAUUAUUUUGAAUAUAAUUAAAGUGUAUAUCAAAUGUGUGCAUGUUUAAUACGACCAUGUAUAAUAAUGUUUGACAUUGUGGAACUAAAUUUACUAUCUUUACAGUUUAAACAGGUUCCAUACCUUUUAAAGCUUUAUUUGAGAGCCCGUUGCCAUAGAAACAUGAUUCAACCUAGAAACGAAAUAAGCAGUUAUAUUUAAUCUUUUUUUUUUUUUUUUUUCUUUUGUUUUUUUUUUCUCUUAUACUGAAUGAUAACGUGGAAAAUCGAAAACAACUUAUCUGAUAGAACAUUUAAUUUCGAUUUUUUAGGAUAUUAAUAAUUAAUUCAUAGAUCAGAUCCAUAUGUUAAGCGUCUUAUACGUUACCUUGAGCCCAGCAUAUUUAAUUUAUGUGAGAUGUUCAACUUAUUUUCAACCACAAAGGGAUUCUCUCGACUCCAUCCAUUGAUGCCCACUCCUUCCACCGAUGUUUAAGUUAGCUCCUAAAUUACAACAAUUUCUCCACCUAAUAAUAAUUCUUUUUAUGUUUAUAGGAAAUCAAUUCAAACUUCAAAUGAUUUUAAUAUUUAUUUGACUUUCUUAGCGUCUUACAUAGCGUUGGAGUCAAACACGUCCGUCAUCCAUCCCAUAUUGACCAAGAAACUACAGAUGCGAUGCGCCGUCAGAAGGGAUGCAAAUUUCGGACAGGGGUCAGAGACGCAAACCCAACUUUACAACCUCAUCACGGCGAGCCAAACUAAACACGCGUCUGAUAGGAUGAGCACACCGGAGAGGAAAGAUUCCGAAGGACUGAACUCGUCGUCGUCCCAUGCCGAUCUGUAUCGUCUUUUGUCUAUUGUCAUCACCGUCGGCGACAGGGACAACAUUGCUAGUGUGACCGGAUGUGACGCCCCCAUCGUGGAGGAAAACUUUUCCGAGAAAAUCCACGCGGACGGAAGCUGUGACUCGUCUCCUGGCGACGACGAACAGGGUUAUCUCCUCCUCACUCUGGAUAGACCCCUCGCUAAACACGCGGGAACCUUCACAUGCGAGGCCUCCGCCCUUGACUCGGAGAAAAACCCCAUCUCAAUUAGAACAUCUUUGAGAAUCCUCGCGGUUGAGCCCACGCUUGCAGACGCCGUCGAGUACAUCUCAAUCAACGACAAACACAUCGCAGAUUUGAAAGAGCAGAUCGUCCAACUCAGAGAAGAAAGUGAGACGAUUAAAGAGGGGCAAUCUAAGAUGGAGCAUUUCGAAUAUAACAAGAUCAAAGGACAAAAUAUCCAGACUGGUGGCGCGACGUGUGACAGACACACCAUCACAUUCGCGAGGCCGUACAAGGAGCCGCCCACGGUGUUUGUGGCCAUUCAAAGCGUCACCUCGAAUUCCAAUUACUUCUCCACCAACAGCGUCACUGUGGAAGAGGUCGAUGAAGAGUCCUUCACUAUCAAUUGCGUAGCCGGCAGCUACCUCACGGCAACGUUUCAAUGGCUGGCCAUCGAUAACUAACUUUACUCUUGUCCGGUGAUGCACCUGGCCGAUUAUGUAAGAAUUCUAGAUUUCCAUAGAUUAGCGAUUUAAUAUCUUUAGGAAUAAAACAGAGCCGGACGUCUUAUUUCGAAUACUCACUAGAACGUCGAUCAUCCGAACCAAUUGUAGUUCGACUCAGGGGACUCAUCCGAUUUCAAAAAUAAAUAUGUUGUUAGUCAUGUUUAGAGAUGCGACUGCAUUGACUUCAAAUCACGUUGCUAUUUGAUUAUUAUUCUCAUUUUAACUUACGAGAGGGCGUUCUUCCCAGACUUUAUAUGAGUGGCGUAACAUAAGACCCUUCGCGGACCAACCCUUUGGGGAAACCUAGUUAUAUCAAAGGCGCCAUGACUCAAACAAUUUUGGGAACAUCUGGCUUAUUCUAAAAGCGUAUAGUAUGUUGAUGUUGUUUUUUAAACAUUAUAUCAUUUAUAAUGUUCAUUUAAUUUUACAUAUUCUAUAAAUACCUUAUAUAUUUUUCAUUUUUUCAAGAUUAUCAGACACACUCAACAUAUGUUUUAUAUCGAAGCAUGCGAUGACAAGGGGCAUAUUUUACUUUUGGAAAUGUAAACUUCAAGUUUUAACUUUAUAGCCCCGCCCCAAACUUUGCUUUUGAGGUGCCUGGGAUCAUUCAAGAAAGAUGGCCAUUGAAAUAUCUAGAACAAACCAGUGUAAAUGAGAUUGUGAUAAUACUAAGGCCCUUCAUCUCGGAUGCCAGGCAGGUAGAACACGAGAGCGCUUGGCACGUUGUCCAGUUUGUCCUAGGCAACGAGUCUAUGUGCGAAGUUUCAGCUUGAUUUGUUGACUGGAGGUGGGUUAAUUAACCGUCCGAAGAUUUUUUCCAACCAGCAAGCAACGUACAAAAGUGAUGUUUAUAUAAGGGAUUUAACAAAAUUACACACUGUCAAUAUUUUGUUUUGAUGACGUGGCUAUUACUUAAUGAAUGUAAAUAAAUAAAUAUUUUAUUCAACAAA